CUGAGGGCAGACACCUGGCGCCUUCUCACUUGCCUGAAUUGGAGAGGUUUUCUUGGUCUGAAUCAGGCCUGGCUAGAGAGAGUGAUGAAUGGGGUGGUGGGGGGAUCCCAGGCUUUGGUUUGUUCGUCGUUGUGGAGGGUUUGCUGGGGGCUCUGAUGCUUUAACUCUGAUUCCUUUGGUUCCAGAGAGCUACCCCCAUAAUCUUUGUCUCGGAAGAUUGACAUCACCCCUCCUAAUGAGGUUGUCUGAUGGCCUGCCUGAUUCAGAAAGGAAUAAGGCUGGUCAUUACUAGAAGGGGAGAGGGAGAUGCCUCACCACUAUCCUCAGGUUAGAAAGAGACGUCUUCAUUUUGUGUCGUUUGCGAGGGAGUGACUGCUAAAGUGUUGGCUAUUCUCGGUAGUUAACCCUCUAAGGCCAUCCUUUGAUAAUUGUGGGCAUCUUGUUCUGCGUUUGGACAGUUUUAUUUAUUAAUAUGCAGCCAGCAUUCCUGCAGGGGUUUUAAAAAAAAUCUAAUAAGUGGUGGUCUUUGCAGAAACAGUGGAAGUGAAGGAAGAAUUUUGGCAAAUUUUGUUUCCCUGGUUACGAUCUGUUAAGAUUUCGGAAUUUCUAGGUCUGCCUUGACUUGCUUGGUUGCUUCUUCAGGGGCAGGGGGAGGCGUUUGUAAGGGAAAGUAUCUUCUGAGCUCUAUUUGAGGUGGGAGAAAGAAAGGAAUUAUCUCCUUUUCCUUCUCAGUUUUUGUUUUGACUCGAAGUAGACUGCACGCAUUCUUUCAUUUGGGAGGAAAAUUUAUCGGAUCUGAAAACCUAGACGAUAAAAGGCUAAUAUUUUGUGAUUGGCGGUUUUGACACGCAUUAGACGAAAGCAAAAAUACUUUUUUGAGUUUAGUUUUCAGUUAGUUAUCUAAUGAUGACUCAACCUAGUCAAGAGUACCAUGUGUUUUGUGGCAGGAAUGUCAAAGAAACAGCAGUAAUCGAAUGAUUAAAAUUUAAUUUUCCUUUUAAAAUUUGCUUCUUAAAUCAUGAGUCUUAUAAGGCCUAAGUUGCAAGAGUUCAAGUAUCAAUAAUUUAGUGUUUAGUUGAUGGCUAAGGUACAUGUGGCUAUCAUAAAGUAAGAGAUCAGUGGCUAGAAAUAAAGAGAACAUGAUAGCAGCUCAGUAAAUGUUCGCUGAAACUUUUGCAUAGCGUUCUCGUGUGAUAAUGCCUGGCAUAUGUUCAGAAGUAUAAUUGUUGAAUGAAUAAAUAAUGCAGUAAUUGGAAGAUGUGGAUACACAUUUCUUUUUCGACUAACUGAAAAAAUUUAUUUAACCUGCUUUCUAGAAAACUUGACUUUCAUUUUCUUGAACUAAAUUUAUUGCUUCCAAUUUAUACAUACAAAUAUUAUGGAUAGGCUCAUAAUCCUUUUUUGUGAAGUCUUUUUAUGAAAUCGGAAUACAGAGAAAUUUAGGUAAUGAAGGAUAUACACCAAAUAUUGAGAAGAAAGAACAUCAGGAGCUAAAUGUUCUAUUUAAACCAGUAGUUGCUGCUCAGAAAAUACAUAAAUAUGCAGACCCUAAGUCAGUGGUUUAUAUUUUCUUCAUGCAAGAGCAAUGCACUAAAGGAGAGAAGUAAGCUGUGUUGAUCAGUGACUUUGGUGAAGGCUAAGAAAGUUGAAACAAAUUUGCUGAUGAUAUACAACUUCUAAGAUGUCUUGGUGUGGGAGGAUUAAAUUUAUAAUUGAGCCAUAGGAUGAUAGACCUUAAGGAGCUGCUUCAAACUUGAUUGAGAAGCAUAUACUCAACGGAGAUAUUGGAGCUGGAGGCGGUGAACAAGUUUGAGCAAGGAGAGAGAGAAAGUCAAGACGGGAUUGUGGAAACUCCUCUCUGCAGCACUUUUGGUAACAGGAGGCACCCUCUGUUAAAUGGAAGAUAAAGCUACUUCAUGUAAAGUGCUUUGAGCCCAAGAGAGAGCUGUCUUCAGCACCUUACCAUGUGUCUACUUUUUGUUGCUUAAACAAGCCUGGACAUUUCUAUAACAUUCGCAUUCUGUAUCGGAAGAAGAGAUUUCUAUAGAUGAAAAAAAUGCCUUUGUUUAGUAAAUCACACAAAAAUCCAGCAGAAAUUGUGAAAGGUCUAAAAGACAACUUGGCCAUUUUGGAAAAGCAAGACAAAAAAACCGACAAGGCUUCAGAGGAAGUGUCGAAAUCACUGCAAGCAAUGAAAGAGAUUCUGUGCGGCACAAAUGACAAGGAGCCCCCCACAGAAGCUGUGGCCCAGCUUGCACAAGAGCUCUAUAAUAGUGGGCUGCUGGUGACCCUGAUUGCUGACCUUCAGCUCAUAGACUUCGAGGGAAAAAAAGAUGUGACCCAGAUAUUUAACAACAUCCUGAGAAGACAGAUAGGUACUCGGAGUCCUACUGUGGAGUACAUUAGUGCUCAUCCUCAUAUUCUGUUUAUGCUCCUCAAAGGAUAUGAAGCCCCACAGAUCGCCUUACGUUGUGGGAUUAUGCUGAGAGAAUGUAUUCGACACGAACCACUUGCCAAAACCAUCCUCUUUUCUAAUCAGUUCCGAGACUUCUUUAAGUAUGUGGAGUUGUCAACAUUUGAUAUUGCUUCAGAUGCCUUUGCUACUUUUAAGGACUUACUAACCAGACAUAAAGUGUUGGUCGCAGACUUCUUAGAACAAAAUUAUGACACUAUUUUUGAAGACUAUGAGAAAUUGCUUCAGUCUGAGAAUUAUGUGACUAAGAGACAAUCUUUAAAGCUGCUAGGUGAACUGAUCCUGGACCGACACAACUUUGCCAUUAUGACAAAGUACAUCAGCAAGCCAGAGAACCUCAAACUGAUGAUGAACCUCCUUCGGGAUAAAAGUCCCAACAUUCAGUUUGAAGCUUUCCAUGUCUUUAAGGUGUUUGUGGCCAGUCCUCACAAAACGCAGCCUAUUGUGGAGAUUCUUCUAAAAAAUCAACCCAAACUCAUUGAGUUUCUGAGCAGCUUCCAAAAGGAAAGGACGGACGAUGAGCAGUUCAGCGAUGAGAAGAACUACCUGAUCAAGCAGAUCCGGGACUUGAAGAAAGCCGCCCCCUGACGGUCUCAGCCACCCUCCCACCACAGUCACCGUCUCAUUUGUUCAGUUUGUACAGAAAGUGUCAUUUCAGAAAGUCAUUGUCCUUGGGAAGGCUUUGGAGGAGGUGCCCGGUUUUUCUCAAUUCAUUGUUCAGGGUAGACGGAAUAUAAACAUUUGAAUGAAAAAUGAUUAACCUAGAAUAAUGCAUUCAUUUGAAUCAAGUCUGUGAUAAUUUAUGUGAAAUCAGAGCCACUGUACUAGACAUGGAUAAAAACAGUUUUAACCCUUGGUUGACCAAAGGCAGCAGGGCCGUGGGCUUGCAGACCCAAGCCCUGGGUCACCACAGGCCCCCCAAGCAGAAGCCCAAAUGACAGGCGUCCCUGAGCCCUCAAGGUUAAGUUCUCCGAGGAGAACUGGGGGUCGGGGCGAGAGGUGCAAAACCAUUCCAUCUAUCUGCACCUGGACAUAACGGAUUGCUCAUGGCGCUGAAAGCUCUGGCAAAACAAGGCCCAUCCAUGUUUUCAGUCGUCACACGUCCUUGUUCCCGGCCCGUCUGUUUUGACCGUAACUAAGUUCCUAGGGAAGCACAACCCUCUCUCCACGCACCGUCCCGCGCACCGUCCCGCGCUCCCAGUGGCUCUCCUCCGCACCCCACUCCUGGCGCACCCCCUGCGGCCCGGGUAGCUGGGAACGGCUUGGCCAAAGUAGGACAGGUCAGCAGGGGUCACGGGGACAGAGGGGACCCGCGGGUAUGACCUGCUCACUUGAGAACUUGGAACAGAUGGUGAAGGACCACAGCUCUAGCAGUAAACACUGGUGUUUCGCUCUGACUCCUGAAGCGUCAGGGAAUGAUUGGAAUAUUUCAUUCCUGUCAUCAUGGGAAAAUUCUUUUGUGGUGAAAGUGUGUUUUAGGGUAGGAAUCAUUGCAUUGGGAUGCCUCGUAUGUACAAAAUCGUGGGUCCAGAGGGUUAGCCCGCUUUUAUAAAUAAGGGAACAUUGCCAUUGGAAGGGCAAAUGAUUAAAUGUGUGAAAAACUUCUCAAAGGACUCAAAGUUAUCUUUUCAGUUUAUUUUCUAAUUAGCUGCCACUCUAACUUCCCAUCAAAGCUUUCAGCGAAAAGGUAGAAAAGCUACAAAAAUGUGGUCUCAAGUAUUCUUUUGCAUUAAGGACUUAAUUGUGUUCUUUAAAAAAAGGCAUGAACCAAAAACAACAAAAAAGGUUAUGGUUUGUUCUCAGACAUCAAAUGUAUAAAAUGAAAUUUUAAAGUUAUAUUUAUAAGCCAUUAAGGGUGUAACGAUUAAUCUGUAUUUUUUCAGAAUUCUGUUUCCAAAUCGUGAGUUGUGGCCUCUGUAAGGACCCUCACUUUAUACAGUAUUGUGUGCUGUGUUCUUCAACCAGGUAUUUCUCCACCAGAGAGGGAAGGAUGCCUCUCCAGGGGUCCUUCUCCAGGAUCAGUCCCUCUGUAGAUUUUGUAUCUGAAGAAGUAGCUGACAGGCCUUCACCCCUCUCGGCAGGGGCCCAGCGUGGACUCCUGAGGCGGAUGGAGUGGGCCCCGUGGGACCCCUUAUAGCAGUUCUGGCCAAUGCCAGUGUGGAGGGUCAGCCCACAGCCCACUGAUGACCUUCAUUCUUUACUCACUGAAGUCAGAUUAUUUUUAAUAAUGUUUCCUGACAGCCCAGAGUCUCUUAGAAUUUGGCUUUUCUGGUUUUGCUUAUUUGACUAGAAGACUGUAAAUAUUUAAAGAGAGAGAGAAAAGGCUCAAUAACCAUUGGACAUUUAUUUGGUUGCUAACACUGUUCCACAACAUCCUAGGACACAUGUUUCCAUUUGGAAAGCAAGGCCUUGUUGUAAUUCUUUUUUGAUAAAUAAAGCAUUUUAUUUCCUC